CCGUUCGCGGUGAGGAGGGCCCGGAAGGAGGCGGCGCUGGCCCUCGGGGGAGGGGGCCGGGCGGAAAGCCGACCUGCCCCUCGGGAGAAUUGGAAAAUAGAGGGAAGGUGGAAGAAUCGCCCACAGUUUCACUACUUGAACAUAAUUUCCCACGUUUGUUCAUUCCCGUCAGACCAAACCUGCCUUUUGAGCUCCAAACCUGCAGCCCAUGAACCUCCAGGCCUAAAUAGACCACAGACACUUCAAAUCACAGCUUCAAAAUCGAACACAUUCCCAUAAAAUAAUAGUGCAAGUAAGGCCUAAUGAGAGCGAGAGAGUGGAGCCAGUAGACGUGGGAUACUUUUCCGCUGACAUCACCACAUACAGCGGUCUCCAGUCUAAUAGGUGCUGUUCAAAAUACCAUUCACCAACUAAGGUCUCCUCCUACAGCCAGUUGGUGCAAUCCUGGGGUUCUGUCUGCUGUGGUAGUCUUCCUGGCCUCCUCUGUGACCUGGGCAUGAAGAUUUCCUCCCACCUACCUCAUGGAAGGCUCCAUGAAGAUGCUCUCAGCAUAUUAAAAAAUUUUGGAUGAAAAAUAAUUAAUUCCCACUACAGGCUGUGUGGCCUAAUAACAUGACAAAGAAGCUGAAAUCUAUGAUGAAUGUGUCUUCUUUUCAUCCCACCAGAGACUACAAUUGUUCCUACGUAUAACCUAAUUUGGAGAUAGUUAUGUCAAAAAUCUAAAUUUGAAGCUCAGGCCAAAUGCUUCCUCAACCCAAAUCCCAACGGCCCUGCCUCAAACAAAGAAGUCAUUACCGAUUUUUGGUGAAUGAAGGAAUGAAGGAAGGAGGGAAGGAAGAAAAGAAAGGAGGAAGGAAAGAAAAGACACAUUUAACAUGGUUAAAUAACGGGUUAAUAAUGAAGAGAGGAUUUUGUUAACUGCCAACUGCAGGACGUUUGGGAAAGUUUAUUGCCACGGUAACAACCCCCCAAUCCCUAGGCUGUCUGCAGCGGCUCAGAACGUGUAAACCCAGUUUGCACGUGGGCUCCGCACGCUCAGCACCACAUCUCCUGAGCCCCUACCUCCCGAGCGCGCGCCCGCCCGCACCGGAGCCCCGCGGCAACUCGCCGACCCUCCCCACCGGAAGUGACGUGUCCACGGCCUAGCAACCGUUGCCAAGGAGCUCGUCUCUAGGAACCCAUUAGAGCCCGGAUGCCUCCUGGGGGGAAAGUGGUUUCGUGAGGAGAAUUUGAGAACUUUGUUACCAACAAAUUGGAUUUUUUUUCCUGUAUUUUUAUUCUUUAGUUUAAAUUAUAAGGCCUAAUUAUGAGUGAUCAAAUCAAAUUCAUCGUGGACAAUCUCAAUAAGGAGCCUUUUAGGAAGAACUAUAAUUUAAUCACAUUUGAUUCCCUGGAGCCAAUGCAACUAUUACAAGUUCUCAAUGAUGUUCUGGCUGAGAUUGACCCAAAGCAAGUUGUGGAUAUCCGAGAGGAGAUGCCAGAGCAGACAGCCAAACGGAUGUUGAGCCUUCUUGGUAUCCUUAAAUACAAACCUCCAGGAAAUGCCACGGACAUGAGUACCUUUCGUCAGGGCCUGGUGAUUGGAAGUAAACCUGUAAUUUAUCCAGUGCUCCACUGGCUUCUUCAGAGGACUAAUGAACUGAAGAAAAGAGCAUAUUUAGCUCGUUUUUUAAUAAAACUUGAGGUACCAAGUGAGUUUCUUCAGGAUGAAACUGUGGCUGAUACCAAUAAACAGUAUGAAGAGUUGAUGGAAGCCUUUAAAACUUUGCAUAAAGAAUGUGAACAGCUCAAGACAUCUGGAUUUUCUACAGCAGAAAUACGAAGGGAUAUCAGUGCGAUGGAGGAAGAAAAGGAUCAGCUCAUUAAGAGAGUUGAACGUUUGAAGAAAAGGGUGGAAACAGUUCAGAAUCAUCAACGGAUGCUUAAAAUAGCAAGACAACUUAGAGUUGAGAAAGAGAGAGAAGAAUUUCUUGCCCAACAGAAACAGGAACAAAAGAAUCAGCUAUUUCAUGCAGUGCAGAGACUACAAAGAAUACAAAACCAGCUAAAAAGUAUGCGCCAUGCAGCAGCAGAUGCGAAGCCUGAAAGUUUAAUGAAGAGGCUAGAGGAGGAGAUAAAGUUUAAUUCAUAUAUGGUAACUGAAAAAUUUCCUAAAGAAUUAGAGAACAAGAAAAAAGAAUCGCAUUUUUUACAAAAAGUGGUUUCAGAGCCUGCUAUGGGCCAUUCUGAUCUUCUUGAACUUGAAUCUAAAAUAAAUGAAAUAAACAAACAGAUCAAUCAGCUGAUUGAAAAGAAAAUGAUGAGAAAUGAGCCAGUUGAAGGCAAACUGUCGCUAUAUAGGCAACAGGCAUCCAUCAUUUCUCGUAAAAAAGAAGCCAAAGCUGAGGAACUUCAGGAAGCAAAGGAGAAGUUAGCCAACCUAGAGAGAGAGGUGUCAGUAAAGACAAAUCAGACCCGUGAAUUUGAUGGCACCGAAGUUUUGAAGGGGGAUGAGUUCAAACGAUACGUCAGUAAACUUCGAAGCAAGAGUACGGUUUUCAAAAAGAAGCAUCAGAUAAUAGCUGAAUUUAAAGCUGAAUUUGGCCUUUUGCAAAGGACAGAAGAACUUCUUAAGCAACGUCAUGAAAACAUUCAACAUCAACUGCAAACUAUUGAGGAGAAAAAGGGUGUCUCCGGAUAUAGUUACACCCAAGAAGAACUGGAAAGAGUAUCUGCACUGAAGAGUGAAGUUGAUGAAAUGAAAGGACGGACACUGGAUGACAUGUCAGAAAUGGUUAAAAAACUAAAUUCUCUGGUGUCUGAAAAGAAGUCAGCUCUAGCUCCAGUUAUAAAAGAGCUACGACAAUUGCGUCAGAAAUGUCAAGAACUAACCCAAGAGUGUGAUGAAAAGAAAUCCCAGUAUGAUAGCUGUGCAGCAGGCCUCGAAAGCAAUCGGUCCAAAUUAGAACAGGAAGUCAGAGGACUUCGUGAAGAAUGUCUUCAAGAAGAAAGUAGAUACCAUUAUACGAAUUGUAUGAUUAAGAACCUAGAAGUACAGCUUCGUCGUGCCACCGACGAAAUGAAGGCAUAUGUCUCUGCUGAUCAACAAGAAAAAAGAAAGGCAAUUAGGGAACAGUAUACCAAAAAUAUUGCUGAACAGGAAAACCUUGGAAAGAAACUCCGGGAAAAACAAAAAGCUGUACGAGAAAGUCAUGGUCCAAAUAUGAAACAAGUGAAAAUGUGGCGUGAUUUUGAACAAUUGAUGGAAUGCAAGAAACAGUGCUUUCUGAAACAACAAAGCCAAAAUUCCAUUGGUCAGGUAAUUCAGGAGGGAGGAGAGGAUCGGCUGAUACUCUGAGUUCAUGUGUCAUCGUUUGGGGUUUCAGUUGAUACUACUAGCUAUAACCGUAACCCCACAGUGUAUUUCUUUUCUUGAAAGUGAUUUGUACAGCAUCUUGUUUUCAGAUUAGCCAUUCCGUAUUAAGUUUUCUUGGAAAAUAAUGUUAAAGUAGAUUUAGGCUUUAAAAGUUUUUUAAUAUAAAAAAGAGGCUCUUAUUAUUUUGCUUAGUUUAGAUAUCACUGGUGUCUCCUGAGUUUUAUGAGACAGGAGACGACGGGGUUUACUAUCUGUAAAUGUAAACAUAUGUCCAUUAAGAAACAUGUAGGGUUUUUUAAAAUGUAAUAACCCAGUGGCUUAAUGUUUUUCUUAAUCUUUUUUUAACUUUAGAGGAAUCUUUUAGGAACUAAUAUCUCUUGUUUUGAGGAAACAUUUAUCUGAAGUUCAGCAAUUCCUACAGUUUCACUUCAGUUUCUUUUUCUUCUGUAAAAUUCAAGCAAAUUUAAUAUUUCACACAACGUAUUUGUUCCAUUUGUAUUAUUUAAAAGCAAAUAAAACUCGGUCACAUAUCACGGCUAUUUAUUUAAAA